AUGAAAGAAUCUGAAUCUGCUAAUGUUUAUGGCAUGAAAGACUCGAGGGCAAAGGCAAGAGCAAGGGCAAGGGAAAGGACAAGAGAGAAAUUAAUGUGCACUGGGAGCAGGCCUCGGAUGUUGAACCAAUUGAAGUUAUUCAAUGAGCUUGAUCACCAUCAAUCUAACAAUAAUUGUAAAACAAUGUCAUCAUCUUCAGCAAAGGCCAAUAUUGGAGAUCAUCCUGAGAAUCAGGAACUGGGCUCCCUCCUAGCUAAUCAAUUAGCUCAUCAUCAUGAGGACGAUCCAUCUGUUCAUGUCAUCAAAAGAAACAAGUUGAAGCAGUAUUCAUCAGUUUAUUCCAAUUAUAAUCAGCAAAAGUAUCUCAAUGUGGUGUCAGCAGAAAAUACAGAUCAGAGUUCCAACAGCCACAUCCAAUUUCCCAAUGCAUUUCAAAAUUGGGACACCAACGGCGCCUUCCCAUGCCCUAACAUUCAUUGUGCCAUUACCAGCAUCAAUCUUUCUACCGGAAAUUAA